UGAAGUACUUCAAAUAUUGGAAGGAAGCAACUUUACUUUGUCUUGUUCGUCUGACUGUCCACAACCAACCAACUACAGCUGGAGAAUUGAAGAUACAUUUUGGAUUAGAGAAAAGUCCACGAAACCAAAUUUGUCUCUAAGCAAUCUGGACGAAAAUCUCGACCACGUCUACCAGUGUGUGGUCACCUAUGAUGUCACAUCUGAAGACGAUAAUGGAUACAGUGGGUCAAACACAACAAAAGUGAAUGUUCUUUAUCAACAAUGGAGUUUUGAAAUUAAUAAUCAGUCAGAACGAGCAUACGUCAACGAGUUUGAUAAUGUCAGCUUCAGUUGCACCAUCAACAGUUCCCUUUCAUUCAACAUGCGGCUUCUAAAUAAUACCAAGGAAAUGAACAGGGCGACAAAUUCGAGGGAGAUCCACUAUAGCUGGACAGUAGCGCAUGUUGAAGACACGGGAAACUAUUCUUGCACGGCUGAUAACGGAAUUACAGACGUUUCUACAAAGAAGAUACAGCUGUUUAUACAGUGUUCUCCCAGGUUGGACUAUCGCACGACGUUCGUCAGUGACGUUUACAUCAACGUGGGUAACGACACAGCGUUGACCAUCUCGGUGAUCGCGUACCCAGAACCGGUGUUCGACUGGUACAAACUCGAGGACGAUCAAUGGCGGCGGCUAGUGUCAACUCAGGAUGUGACGUCAUCGUCUUGGUCUUCUGUGUCACAGCUGGUCAUCAACAACACUCAGUGGAAUGAUACUGGAGUUUACCAGGUGAUCGUUGUAAAUGAUGCUGGAUCCAGUGAGAAACUCGUGAAGAACAUCACUCUCACAGUCAUAGAGAAGACGACGUUGAAGAGCCAGUAUAUCGGAGCAGCUGUCGGGACAGUAGUACUAGUCCUGCUCGUGGUUCUGGGCGUGGUCAUCGUGCUGGCUAUCACAAGGAAACGCACAGCGAGACCUGUCGAUGCUGAGACUAUGAAUACAUUGGUGCAAUCGGCCAGUAACGUCGCAAGUCCAACAGACACGAGAUAUGUUAAAUGUCAUCUAAAAGCAGACGAUGAAGGUAAAUUAUGAAGCGUUGUGCCUCAAAACUGACAGCCGGUCACCAGAACUCGACCAUUAGUUCCUGCUUUAGUGUUCUCAUAAGCACACUGUGUUUUUACAUAAUUGUAUAAAUAAUAUUUCCAUAUGCUUACCUUUUUAUGACGCCCAAUAGUCGAUGUGUAUUUUGUCUAAAUGUGAUGACGUGUAUGAAAUGAAUUAUCUCCUAUUUAAUGCAU